GCAGCAUGGAAAUACAUGCUCGCCGUGGACCAACUGCAGUUACAGCAUCAGCAAUCUUUUCGGUUCACUUGGCUUUGGCUGGAUGUUGGGACUUUUACGGCAUGGUGCAACUCCCACCUGAGGAAGGCCGGCACACAGAUCGAGAACAUAGACGAGGAUUUCCGCGAUGGUCUCAAACUCAUGUUGCUUCUGGAGGUCAUUUCAGGGGAGCGGUUACCUAAACCAGAACGGGGAAAGAUGAGAGUGCAUAAAAUCAACAAUGUCAACAAAGCUCUGGACUUCAUCGCUAGCAAAGGAGUCAAGCUGGUCUCCAUAGGGGCUGAAGAGAUUGUAGACGGCAACGCAAAAAUGACGCUGGGAAUGAUCUGGACGAUUAUCCUUCGGUUUGCUAUUCAGGAUAUUUCUGUGGAAGAGACCUCCGCCAAGGAAGGCUUGUUGCUCUGGUGUCAGAGGAAGACUGCACCCUACAAGAAUGUCAACGUCCAGAAUUUCCACAUCAGCUGGAAGGAUGGUCUUGCUUUCAACGCCCUGAUCCACAGGCACAGACCAGAGCUCAUCGAGUACGACAAGCUCAGGAAGGAUGACCCCGUCACAAAUCUCAACAAUGCCUUUGAAGUGGCCGAGAAGUACCUGGACAUUCCCAAGAUGCUGGAUGCAGAGGAUAUUGUAGGCACUCUCAGGCCCGAUGAGAAGGCCAUCAUGACAUACGUUUCCUGCUUCUACCACGCUUUCUCGGGGGCUCAAAAGGCCGAGACUGCGGCUAACCGGAUUUGCAAAGUGCUUGCUGUGAAUCAAGAGAAUGAGCACCUGAUGGAAGACUAUGAGAAACUGGCUUCGGAUCUGCUGGAAUGGAUUAAGCGCACUAUCCCCUGGCUGGAGGACCGUGUUCCCCAGAAAACCAUACAGGAGAUGCAACAGAAGCUGGAAGAUUUCCGUGACUACAGGCGUGUCCACAAGCCUCCCAAAGUGCAGGAGAAGUGUCAGCUGGAGAUCAACUUCAAUACCUUGCAGACCAAGCUCAGGCUGAGCAACAGGCCUGCCUUCAUGCCCUCCGAGGGGAAGAUGGUUUCGGACAUCAACAACGGGUGGCAGCACUUGGAGCAAGCGGAGAAAGGCUAUGAAGAGUGGCUGCUGAAUGAGAUCAGGAGGCUAGAGCGCCUGGACCACUUGGCCGAGAAGUUCAGACAGAAAGCUUCUAUCCAUGAGUCCUGGACUGAAGGCAAAGAGGCCAUGCUGAAGCAGAAGGACUAUGAGACUGCCACCCUGUCUGACAUCAAAGCUCUGAUCAGGAAGCACGAGGCCUUUGAGAGCGACCUGGCAGCUCACCAGGACCGUGUGGAGCAGAUCGCUGCCAUUGCCCAGGAGCUCAACGAGCUGGAUUACUAUGACUCCCCCAGUGUGAAUGCCCGGUGCCAGAAGAUCUGUGACCAGUGGGAUGUUCUGGGCUCUUUGACCCACAGUAGAAGAGAGGCCCUUGAGAAAACGGAGAAACAGCUGGAAACCAUUGACCAGCUGCACCUGGAAUAUGCCAAGAGGGCAGCACCAUUCAACAACUGGAUGGAGAGCGCCAUGGAAGAUCUCCAGGACAUGUUCAUCGUUCACACCAUCGAGGAGAUAGAGGGACUGAUUGCAGCACACGACCAGUUCAAAUCCACCCUGCCUGAUGCCGACAAAGAGCGAGAAGCCAUUCUGGGCAUCCAGAGCGAGGCACAGAGGAUCGCGGACUACAACAACAUCAAGCUGUCUGGGAACAACCCCUACACGUCUGUCACACCGCAGAUCAUCAACUCCAAAUGGGAAAGGGUUCGGCAGCUGGUGCCCAAGAGAGACCAUGCCCUCCUGGAUGAGCAGAGCAAGCAGCAGUCCAAUGAGCACCUGCGUCGUCAGUUUGCCAGCCAGGCCAACAUCGUGGGGCCCUGGAUACAGACCAAAAUGCAGGAGAUUGGGCGCAUCUCCAUUGAGAUGAAUGGGACGCUGGAGGACCAGUUGAACCACCUCAAGCAGUAUGAGCAGAGCAUUGUCGACUACAAGCCCAACAUCGACCUGCUGGAGCAACAGCACCAACUUAUCCAGGAGGCACUGAUCUUUGACAACAAGCACACCAACUACACCAUGGAGCAUAUCCGUGUUGGCUGGGAGCAGCUCCUCACCACCAUUGCCCGAACGAUCAAUGAGGUGGAGAACCAGAUUCUCACCCGCGACGCCAAAGGGAUCAGCCAGGAGCAGAUGCAGGAGUUCCGGGCUUCCUUCAACCACUUCGAUAAGGACCAUGGCGGUUCCCUGGGACCAGAGGAGUUCAAAGCCUGCCUCAUCAGCUUGGGAUACGAUGUGGAAAAUGACAGACAGGGAGAUGCCGAGUUCAACCGGAUAAUGAGCCUGGUGGAUCCCAACAACAGCGGGAUUGUGACCUUCCAGGCCUUCAUCGACUUCAUGUCCCGGGAGACGACCGACACAGACACAGCCGACCAGGUCAUUGCCUCCUUCAAGGUCCUGGCUGGAGAUAAGAACUACAUCACAGCAGAGGAGCUGAGACGGGAGCUGCCCCCGGACCAAGCGGAGUACUGCAUCGCCCGCAUGGCACCUUACCAGGGCCCUGACGCCAUCCCCGGGGCCCUCGACUACAAGUCCUUCUCCACGGCACUGUACGGCGAGAGCGACCUGUGAGGUGGUGGCGGCUGCAGCAAGCGCUGGCGCUUUGUUAGGAGCGAAGGCCUGAUUCUGUGCUCUGCAUCCUCACACACACACGUGCACACCCCCCCCACACACAUGCAUGCACAUGUGUGUGCACACAUGGGCGUGCGCGCAUGCCCGCCCCCUCCCACACAUACACACACCCUGUCCCUCGGUAACAGGAUCUCUUCUCCGCUCCUCUCCUCCAGAGGACAGACAGUCACAUUCACACGGGGCGAUCCUGGGAACUAUCUCACAUUCCGGUUGUUACUGCAUCUUAUAUGAACCAUGUACCUAUGCAAUGAUUUUUUUUUCCCCCACUUUGCUCUGUUAAACAUGGAGAGGGGUUUGGGGGUGGCUUAAAACAGGCUUUUCUUUUUUUUUUUUUUCUAAUUUCCUCACAUUUAGUUGCUUUGGGGUUUCUUGGCAAAGGGAAAGGGGGAGGGAAAUCUGGAAGUGAACAAGCAGCUCUGGUUCAGAGGGUUAUUUUUUUUAAAUAUAUCCCAUUCUAUUUUUUCAACUGAGCUGAAAAGAGAAGAAAAAAACAAAUCUGCUGUUGAUUGGCAUGUCUUGAAGUGGAGCCUGUCUCCUUUCUCCCGUCUCUCUGCCCUCCUGUCUGUGUAGCAGAAGUCGUCACCAGUCUGUAUCAUUCCCCACCCCCCCUGGCAGCAGCCACAGGAAGAGCAUUCUUUUUUCUAUCUGGAUCUGCUUUGUUUUUACCUAACCUUGCUUCGACACGCGCCACGUUCCCAAUCCUGUCUCUUCCUCUUCCCCUUAGUUCUGAUACUAAUGAGCGUGUCCGGCAGACCUCCAGCUGGCUGGGUGGAGUUUGGGGUGCAGUGCAGAUAAAUGACAUUUUGGAUUAACGAUGGUUUACCCUGCUCCCAGAUCCCCUCCCCACCCAGACAGAGCGUAUGCGUUAGACCAGAGCGCUGGGCUUUUAACAUGGUCUGUUCCCUUUUCACGGUUCCUUGGGGACCACAUCCUCGGGCACUGCAGGUGGAAGUGUGCCCUGUUCUGGGAGCCGUUAAUGUAGGAGCUCCCUCCUGCGUCCUAAAGGAUUUUGACUCCUGGACGUCUUGAGCUGUCAUCUCCCCAGCUCAUCAUGUAACUGACUUUUUCUCCUUUGGUGCUCAGUGUUUGUGGAUCUUGGGACAGUCCUCAAAUUCCUGUCGCACAGGCCGAACUAGCUAAGAUCUCGAGGCAGAGAACUCCGUGCCUUUCUCUGGGAAAUCUUGCGUGGUGGCUUUUUAUUACCUGACAAGAACUAAGCAAUAAGCGCUAUCAGGGGGAAAACCUGCCUAUCGCUGCACUGUCAUCCUGUUUGCAUCAUUUGUGCUCAAGCGAGGUCUGUGGCUGUCGUGAGUGGGAGAGGCCUCAUGGGCUGCGAGGUGGGUUUCAGGUUCUGAACCAGGUGGGAGUUGAAAAAGGAGUGACUUUUUUUUAUAUAUAUAAUAUUCACCUGGCUCAACCUUGCUCACCAAUGCGCCACCAUCAAGCUUUGCCCCAAGCCGUAGCAUUAUCAUGGCAGUGCUGACACACGUGUUGAAGGUCACGUGACUUUUAGCGCAGGUUUUACAAAUCGGGCAGGGCACACCUGGCUUGGGUUUGUGGUUAGCUUUCUCCUUCUCUGGGUUCCUUGCUCUUCAGGUUUCUUUAAUGCACCAGACUGAGUUUGAGGCUCAUUCCAGCGGGGGGGAUGAUCAAACUUUGGUUUGGAAAGCAGGCCUGUGCUGUUGUCUGCUCUCAUUCUCAUUAGCUCUCAGCUCUCCAUUAGGUGACACCAGGUGCAGCUGUUGGAUCUCCAUUGCACAUGUCGAUUGACUUCUAUAACAAAAGGAAAUGACGGGACCGGGCAGUGAAGCUCACUCUGCUCCGUGCAUGUUAGACACUGGGUGCUAAUAAACUGUGCUCUGUAGGCGCAACCCCCAAACGGCUUCACUGGGUUAGGGAUUUCGGGCUUUCUGGAGAGGGGAAGGUCAUCUUUCAGCAUCCUCUAUACCAGCAGCCUUAAGCUAUGCAGCAAAGCAGGUGAACCUGGGCAUUCAGUCAGAGGGAAAGCCAGGAACGCGAAGCAUAUAGGAAACGGGGUUCAGAGGCUCUGCAACCACGGCAUCUUCCCUGAAGAGCAGAAACGCUCGUGCACCCAUCUGUGCGCCACGUAUCAGAGCAAACGCCCUCACCAGUUCACUCCUGGCACAUGCUUUCUCAACCGUCUUGGAGCAGGUUUUAUCUGAGGACCAAAAAAAACCUUUGUUUGAAACUUAAAAAAAAAAAAAAGUUUUUUCAGAGGGUUCCUAUUUACUUUAUUAACUUACGGAUUUAUUAUAUAAAUAUAUAUUCACCUAGCAUCGUAUAUUGCAGUUUUUCUUCUGUCAUGUAAUUAAAAUAUUGCUGAUUAUUGUAACAAUGGAAACUGUAACAUUCCACGGCUUUGUCAUUCAUCCCCCCCACCUCCCUCCUCAUCGCACCCCUUCCUCACUCUUCUGUCCUGGGAGAUCGUUAGUGUCAUGGGAGCAUUUUGUGUUUGCUACUGAAGAUCCUUCAGCAUCUAGGGGGAUGGGAACGUCAGCAGGUAGACACCAAUAGGAAGUAGUCAGCUUUAUCUGCCUCUUCAUAAGUAUGUUCUAAAUUUUUUUGAGGUUUCUGGGAAACCAGCCCUCCUGCCCCUUGGGACAGGACAAUAAAACAUGUAAUAUUUU